GACCCGUACUCGGUCCGUAAAGGGUAUGUACCGCCUCUACUGCACCGUGAACUGCACAAAUUGCUAACAUACUGUGCGCAAAAUCUAGACUUCUCUACAGCCAGUGAGUAUACAAUUGUCUGCCACUUGUAACCCCCACUCACACAUGCCACAGCAUUGGUUGGAUGGUCAUGAAGCAAAAUCCUCGCAGAAUCGGCCGGACUGAUAUCAGCGAUCUCAACGAGGACCCGGUUGUCGUAUGGCAGCACCGCAACUACCUGAAGUCUGUUAUCGUCAUGGCUUUAGUUGUGCCCACGCUAGCCUGCGGCUUGCUCUGGGGAGAUUUCCUCGGCGGCUUCAUCUAUGGCGGCAUCCUCAGAAUCUUCUUCAUUCAGCAAGCCACCUUCUGUGUCAACAGCUUGGCCCAUUGGCUCGGCGACCAGCCUUUUGACGACCGGAACUCCCCGAGAGAUCAUGUGAUCACGGCUUUCGUCACCCUCGGUGAGGGUUACCACAACUUCCACCACGAAUUCCCGAGCGACUUCCGCAACGCCAUUGAAUGGUGGCAAUACGACCCUACCAAGUGGGCUAUCUGGACCUGGAAGCAGAUGGGACUUGCCUACAACCUGAAAACGUUCCCGCAGAACGAGAUUGAGAAGGGCCGUCUCCAACAGCUGCAGAAGAAGCUCGACCAGAAGCGAACCACUCUCGAUUGGGGCAUUCCUCUUGAAAACCUCCCUGUGAUUAGCUGGGAGGAUUUUGUGGCCGAGUCGAAGAAUGGAAAGGCCUGGGUUGCGAUUGCAGGCGUGAUUCACGACGUUGGAAAGUUUAUUGCAGACCACCCAGGUGGCAAAGCCUUGAUCUCAGCUGCUGUUGGCAAGGAUGCCACGGCUAUCUUCAACGGCGGAGUCUAUGACCACUCCAACGCCGCCCACAACCUGCUCUCGACGAUGAGAGUCGGUGUUCUUCGCGGAGGCUGCGAGGUUGAAAUCUGGAAGCGCGCCCAGUCGGAGAAUAAGGACGUCGCGGCCAUCAACGAUUCGACUGGACAACGGAUUGUUCGCGCCGGCACCCAGGCUACUCGCGUUACCCAGCCAGUUGCAAGCGCUGAUGCAGCAUAACGUAUUAGAUACCAACAAUUUGGGAGGCGUGAAUGCAUUUGUUUUAGACCGCUUAGCUUUGUGUCGUCGAUACUAGAAGCGAUCAAGGGCGUCUUUAUUACAUUAGAGCUGCUAUCACCGGCGAGAGAUAGCAUUGCUGCUACCGUAUAAGUAUUUGUGAGUGGCCAACUUGGCGUGGCAUUGCGGUAAACACCAUUAUCCAACCUCAGGGGCGAUUCUGCAUUUUUGGCGUUCAAGAGGAGAGAGGAGAGACACUGGGCUAAAAUGAGCUUGUCUUCCGAAGGGGUCAUAAUGAGUGGGACGACAAAAUAAAUAGAAAAAGGAUAUCAAUACACUGCACAUAUUUGAGUUUGUA